GCGCAACACGCAACCACACUCACGCUCCGUAGUAACCGGUGUUGACUGGAUCCAUCCCCAACAAGCAAACAAACAUAUAUAUAUAUACAUAUAUAUAUCUUCUCAGGUGCAUAUAUAUCUAUAUAGUGUAGACGUAUUGAUCUGGCAACGCCGUUUUCUUCAAAGGAACACGCUUGAAGGCUCGAUACCAAAUUGUUCUUAUCUUUUCUGUUUCAUUUUGCAGAUACCGAAAUAACCGCGCGCGUCUCACCAUUCUACUGUAGUAGGGAUCUUUCUUUCUCUUUUAUUUUUUCCUGCCCCAAUCAUGUCCGCCGACGUCGUUGUGUCAAGUCAGGAGGAAAGCAGCACCCUGCUGGUCGGUUUGGACAAAGCAGUCGGUGCGCUGUCGUCGAAGGAGAUCAAGGAUGCGCUGGAGAAGGGCGACAUGCGCGCCCGCGCAGAGGCGUUAAAGGCGGUUAUUCGCCUUCACGUCAAUGGCGAGCCACAAAACCACCUCAUCAUGACUGUGAUUCGCUACAUCACUCCCAUCGACGACCACCUCAUCAAGAAGCUUGUGCUCUACUUCUGGGAGGUCAUUGACAAGCGUGACGCUAACGGACUGCUGCCCGUCAUCAUCCUCAUCUGCAGCUUUCUGCGGAACGACCUGCUGCACCCCAACGAGUACGUGCGCGGCCUCACGCUGCGCUUCCUGUGCAAGGUGAACGAGGUUGAGCUGAUCGAGCCUCUCGUCUCGGCCGUCGUGCAGAACCUGUCGCACAAGGUCGCCUACGUGCGCCGCAACGCGAUGCUGGCGGUGCACUACAUCUAUCAAAAGUUCCCGAAGCUGCUGCCCGACGCCCCGGAGCUGGUCGAGAACGCCAUCCGCCAGGAGUCCGACGUGCCGACCUGCCGCAACGGGCUCGACUUCCUCGCCGCCUUCGCCCCCGAGCGGGCCGCGAGCUACCUCAGCGACUUCCGCGACUCACACAACCUCGCCAGCGUGGAGGGGCCCUUUCUCAUGUCCGUCGUGGACUUCUGUCAGCAGAUGAUCCGCGCGAACCCGUACGAGAAAGCGCGCUACGUCCCGGUGCUCCUCUCGGUGCUGCAGAGCAAGAGCGCAGCCGUGCGCUUCCAGUGCGCCACCACGCUGCUCAGCCUCUCCUCGUCGCCCACCGCCAUCCGCCAGGCAACACUGACCUACGUCGACCUCAUCAAGUCGCACUCCGACAACAGCGUACGCCUGAUUGUCGUGGAGCAGCUGAACCAGAUGCGCGGGCCGUACCUGCACGUGCUGCAGGACUCACUGCUGGACAUUUUAAGCGUCCUGCAGGACGGCACCAUGACCAUCCGUGAGCGCGUCAUCGAGCUCGCCGUGGAGCUUGUGACGCGGCGCAACGCGGAAACCUUUAUGCAGGCCAUGCGAAAAGAGCUGCUGCGUGCGAGCCGCAUGGAUUCGGAGGUGGAGGACAACAACGUGGCAACGGCGUACCGCCUGUUGAUCAUCAAGGCCAUGAACACCGCCUUGCUGCGUCACCCGCCCUCGGCGCCGUCCACAUUGCCGGUCCUGCUCGACUACGUGUGCGACUCCUCUAGCACCAGCAAGGAGGUCAUCACCCUCAUUAAGGAGGUGCUGCUGUCGCAGCCGGAACUGCGCCGCGACACGCUGCGCAAACUCACUGACGUUUUUCCGAUGAUGACGUCCAGCGCUGUCAUGCGCACCACGCUGUGGAUGUUUGGCGCCUACACCGCCACGACGGAGGACGUCGUGCAGGCCUUCGAGACGCUGAAGAACGCCGUGCUGCCGCUGCCGUUUGUGGUGCCGAAGGUGGCCGUGCUGGAUGCGGCAAACCUGACCGCCGCCGCGGCAGCGAACAACAAUAAGAUCAACAGCAGCAGCAGCGCCAGCGCGCAGCCGAACCUGCGAGCCGUGACGACCGUCCGCGAGGAUGGCACCUACGUCACGACCUUCACUACAGAGUCGGCCUCGCCUGCACCAACGACAACGACGGAGAACGACUCCGAUGCGACGGUGAACGCCGACGUCGGUGCGAGUGGGCUGCGUCAGGCACUGCUGAAAGGCGACUACUUCCUCGCGGCGGCCCUCGCCAGCACGCUCACGAAACUCGUGGUGCAGCUCUUCGCCUCUGCAGACGCGUCGGCCACGGUCGACUCGGCGACACGCAACACAGCCCAGUCCGAUGCGCUGGCGAUUCUGCGCGAGGUGCUGCGCUACGGCACCGCGGUGGACACCGCCUACCCGGUCGACUCCGACACCCACGAGCACUUGCGCCUCAACAUCUCCCUCCUCUCAAACCCGCAGUCGGCGUUUAUGGUGGAUGUCCUGCAGGCCUCCACCGGUGCCCUCGCUCGUGCGGAGCAGCGGGGGGUGCGAGUCGGGGCGGGCAGCCCGGAGGCGGCGAAGGGCGGGGUGCGGCUGAACUCCAUCGACGCCCCGGUUAUCUUCUCCCAGCUGAGCGAGGGCAAGGACGCCGUGUUUGAGCUCGAAGCCACCGCCGACGCCGCCGGACCUGGGCCGAAGGAGGAGACGAGCGAGCGCAAGGCGGAGCGCUUCUUGAAGAAACUGGAGGACACGACGCCGCUCUCCGGCUUCAACGACCCGGUCUACUGCGAGGCCAGCAUUACGGUGAAUCAGUUUGAUGUGGCGGUGGACUGGCAGCUGGUGAACUGCACCUCGCAGCAGCUGUCGAAUCUCACCAUUGAGCUGGUGUCCCUCGGCGGCAUGAAGCUGUGCGAGCGGCCGCAGACGUACACCCUCAACCCGCACGAGACACUCGCCGUGCGCACCUCGCUGAAGGUGAGUGCGACGGAGACCGGCGUGAUCUACGGCACAGUUCUCUACGACGCGCCGAACAAUCAGCGCUGCAGCUUCAUCUUGAACGACAUCCACGUGGACAUUAUGAACUACAUCCACCCCGGCCCGUGCUCCGCGGCGGAGUUUCGCGAGAAGUGGGGCAUCUUCGACUGGGAGAACAAAAUUGCCGUGUCCACGACGAAGCGUGAUCUGUCGAGCUUUGUGCGGUACAUCGUGAAGGAGUUGAACAUGGAGCUGCUGGAGCCGUACGAGGUGGAGCAGCAGGAGACGCACGACCCGGAGCUGGAGCAGCUGCCUACCUCGGACGAAGAGGAGCGGUGCGGCUACGUCUCGUGCAACCUCUACGCCCAGACCGCCUUUGGCGAAGACGCGUUGGCGAACGUGAGCGUGGAGAGCGACGGAAAGGGCCUCGUGAGCGGCGUCAUUCGUAUUCGCUCCAACACGCAGACGAUCGCCUACGGCAUUGGUGAGAAGCUGAACAUGCUCCAGAAAUCAGGUAGGCUGUAA